UGUCAUCAUGGCGACGCGGGGCCAUGUGCAGGACCCUAACGACAGGCGCCUCCGGCCCAUUUACGAUUAUCUUGAUAAUGGUAAUAAUAAAAUGGCAAUUCAGCAAGCAGAUAAAUUGUUGAAAAAGCAUAAGGAUCUUCAUUGUGCUAAGGUUUUAAAGGCAAUUGGUUUACAGAGAACUGGAAAGCAAGAGGAAGCCUUCACCUUGGCACAGGAGGUGGCAGCCCUUGAACCCACAGACGACAACUCGCUGCAGGCACUGACCAUUCUUUACCGGGAGAUGCAUCGACCGGAGUUAGUCACAAAACUUUAUGAGGCAGCUGUGAAGAAAGUUCCCAAUAGUGAGGAAUAUCACUCUCACCUCUUCAUGGCCUAUGCCAGAGUGGGCGAAUACAAGAAAAUGCAACAGGCUGGCAUGGCUCUAUAUAAGAUUGUCCCCAAAAACCCUUACUACUUUUGGUCUGUGAUGAGCUUAAUAAUGCAAUCUAUAGCAGCGCAGGAUGAAAACCUCUCAAAAACGAUGUUUCUGCCCCUUGCUGAGAGAAUGGUAGAAAAAAUGGUAAAAGAGGACAAGAUAGAAGCAGAGGCUGAAGUUGAACUUUAUUAUAUGAUCCUAGAACGUUUGGGAAAGUACCAGGAAGCCUUGGAUGUCAUCAGAGGAAAAUUAGGAGAGAAGUUAACAAGUGAGAUUCAGAGUCGGGAAAAUAAAUGCAUGGCUAUGUACAAGAAGCUGAGCAGGUGGCCAGAGUGCAAUGCCCUUUCUCGGCGCCUCUUACUGAAAAACUCAGAUGACUGGCAGUUCUAUCUGACUUAUUUCGAUUCUGUCUUUCGACUGAUUGAAGAAGCCUGGACUCCUCCUGCUGAAGGUGAACACUCUUUAGAAGGAGAAGUGCAUUAUUCUGCAGAAGAGGCUGUGAGAUUUAUAGAAGAUCGGAUAACAGAAGAAUCUAAAAGUUCUCGCCAUCUCCGAGGACCAUAUCUAGCUAAACUGGAGCUGAUUAGACGUUUACGACGUCAAGGUUUUAAUGAUGAGUACAAACUGGGUGAUCCAGAAGAAUUAAUGUUCCAGUAUUUUAAAAAGUUUGGGGAUAAACCUUGUUGUUUCACAGACCUCAAGGUGUUUGUUGACCUCUUGCCUGCUACACAGUGUACAAAAUUUAUUAAUCAGUUACUUGGAGUUGUUCCUUUGUCAACACCAACAGAGGAUAAGCUGGCACUGCCUGCUGACAUCAGAGCUCUGCAGCAACAUUUGUGUGUGGUGCAGCUGACGAGGUUACUUGGCUUGUACCACAUGAUGGAUAAAAAUCAGAAAUUGAGUGUGGUCAGAGAAUUGAUGUUAAGGUACCAGCAUGGACUGGAAUUUGGGAAAUCCUGUUUGAAAACCGAAUUGCAAUUUUCAGACUAUUACUGUCUCCUUGCUGUCCAUGUGCUUAUUGAUAUAUGGAGAGAAACAGGUGAUGAGACCGCUGUGUGGCAGGCCCUGACUUUGCUGGAAGAGGGACUAACUCACAGCCCUUCCAAUGCUCAAUUCAAAUUGCUGCUUGUUCGAAUCUACUGUAUGCUGGGGGCAUUUGAACCGGUGGUGGAUCUGUAUUCCAGCCUUGAUGCUAAGCAUAUCCAGCAUGACACCAUUGGUUAUCUUUUGACCCGAUACGCCGAAUCCCUAGGUCAGUAUGCUGCUGCAUCCCAGUCCUGUAACUUCGCGCUCAGGUUUUUCCACUCCAACCAGAAAGAUACCUCAGAAUAUAUUAUUCAAGCUUACAAAUAUGGUGCAUUUGAGAAGAUCCCAGAGUUUAUCGCUUUUAGGAACAGGCUGAAUAAUUCUCUUCAUUUUGCACAAGUCCGUACUGAACGGAUGUUGUUAGACCUUCUACUUGAAGCAAAUGUAUCAACCAGCUUAGCAGAAAGUAUAAAGUCAAUGAAUCUUCGGCCAGAAGAAGAUGACAUUCCAUGGGAAGCCUUGCGAGACAACAGAGACUUAAAUGUUUUCUUUAGCUGGGAUCCAAAAGACAGGGAUGUUUCUGAAGAACAUAAGAAACUUUCCUUGGAGGAGGAGACAAUGUGGUUAAGAAUCCGUUCCUUAACCUUGAGGCUGAUCAGUGGACUUCCAAGUCUUAACCAUUCUGUUGGGCUAGAGAACUCAGAGAAGACCACUGAGAAUGGAGUAUCCUCCCGGAUUGAUAUUUUCCGUUUGCUCCUUCAACAUCUGGAGGUGGCCCUGGAGAUGGGAAAGCGAUUUAUUGAGAAGGACAUUCAGUAUCCUUUCCUUGGUCCUGUACCUACCAGAAUGGCUGGAUUCUUUAAUUCUGGCUGUUCUCAGUGUCAGACCAGCUCUUUUUAUCUUGUUAGUGAUAUUUAUGAGCUGGACAUCAAUGGUUUAGAGGAUACAAUGGAGAUCCAGGAGCGAGUAGAGAAUAGUCUUAAGUCUUUACUAGAACAGUUAAAAGAUGUCUUCAGUAAAUGUAAAGGUGAUCUCUUAGAAGUUAAAGAUGGUAACUUGAAAACACAUCCUACUCUUUUAGAAAAUCUAGUCUUCUUGGUUGAGACUAUUUCUAUUAUCCUUUGGGUGUCCAGUUACUGUGAGAGUGUCCUGCGACCAUACAAAUUAAAUUUACAGAAAAAGAAGAAGAAGAAAAAAGAAACGAGCAUCAUCAUGCCACCUGUCUUUACCAGUUUCCAAGACUAUGUUACUGGGCUUCAGACUUUAAUUUCGAAUGUUGUGGAUCAUAUUAAAGGACUUGAAACACAUCUAAUUGCACUUAAACUUGAAGAACUUAUUUUAGAAGACACUUCCCUCUCACUGGAAGAGAGAAAAUUUUCAAAGACUGUACAAGGGAAGGUGCAGAGCAGUUACCUGCACUCACUUCUGGAAAUUGGGGAGCUGCUGAAAAAAAGACUUGAGACUACAAAGAAACUAAAAAUUUAAGUUAGUGUGAACCACAAGCACUGAGGACUCUGCGACAGAAUAGGACGUCAUCUUCCCAGGCAAAAGCUACAUCUGAUUGACCAUCAUUUUAAUCCAGAACUUCCUCAUAAAAUGCAUGAAGGACUUUGAUCGUGAAUUAAUUUUUUAGGUAUUAAAUGUAUACAACUGAUUAAAUUAUUGUAUAUAAACCAGAAGCAGGACCCUCGUCUGGGUUUGACCACUUUUUAUACAUGUUCAUAUGCAUAUGGCAGCCACAAGAGAACCCCACUCUUCUUCUUCCCUUCUAUCACCAGAAACAUCUGGUGGGGUGGGGGGAAAGCAGCAAUAGAAAUUAAGCAUAAAGCAUCGACCUCAGAGCAGCUGAAUGGCCCUACCAUUAUAGCAGUGUGUGUUUUGAUCUGGUCCUUUAGCCUUAGGAAGCAGAAAGCAGAAGAAGAGGGGGACCAUGAUUGGGAGCAGGCCCUCUUUCCACAUUAGCAGUUUAGUUUUGAGGCUUCCUCAAAUGCUUGGCUCCCACAGAACCCAAGGCAGGUACCCAAAGGACCUCAGAUGAAAUUUGGCAUAAGCACCUGCCACUGAAGGACAUCACUUAGAUGCCUACAGGCUGUUGUUUUUCAGCUUAAUAAUCCCAAUGGCCGAGACAUCCCCAUCCUAGCUCCUGUGAGAGUUAAAUCAGAAGUAGCCUUCUGUUACCUUACAGCUGUUUGGAGGGGAAAGUAGUGCAGACCACAUAUAAGCCUGCUGAGGACUAGCUUGCUGUUUUCCGUCUAUUUGGGAAAGGGGAAUCACUGUUUUAAAGAAGAGAGGUGUACAUAAUUUAUGCAGGCAAGUCUAAUACCAGUGUCAUUGGUUUUGUGAGCUAUAUAUAUAUGUAUAUGCUUUUACAUAUAUACGUAUAUUUUCAACCAUAUAUACAUGUAUAUGUAAAUGUAUAUACACGUAUAUAUGCUUGAAAGUAAGAUUUAAUGCUUUAGCGUUUUUUAAGUGGGAGGUUUGGGAAGGAAGAAAGGAAGGAAUGUAUAUUAAUAUGGAUUUAACCUAGGUUUUAAGAUUUAGGCAGGCAAAAGAAAUGUUAUCAGUUGGGCUGAGGUUCAGUUUACUUUUUUCAAACUUGAGAAUUAUUACCAGGAUGGUGUUUACGUUGUUCAUCUGGAGCUCCCCAAGACUAUGGCUUCAGAGGUUGGUUUGACAGAAAAGAUAAACAUUGCUCUUGAAAAUGUUACACAUUUUAUACAACUGCUUUGGUAACUUUUUUGUGUUUGAAUCUGUGCCUCUGUUUUUGGUCUUUGUUACCCAAAUACCGUUAAAGUUAGUAAUUCUGAAAAGCAAAGAAAUGAAUUUGAUGAGGAAAUUCAAGUAUCUGAUGGAGGAUUGGUCUUGAAGACCUUCAAGGUUCUUUCCAACUCACUUCUCCAGUGAAAUGUGAUACUUUUUUCUUUUAAAAGCAACCAAAAAAGAGCUUGGAAAAUCUCUGUAUGCAAAGCAAUUGCAUUUUGUCCCUAUCAUUUUGACUUUCUUAGAUUCACAAUUUGGUAGGGUGAUUAAUAACUGUCUUAACUUGUAGGGAAACUUUUUUGAAAAUUACUGAAUUACCUGGUCAAAAUAAGACUUGUUGGAAAUCCUAGUCUAUCCAGUAAUUUAAAAAAAAACAGUUUUGAUGUUAAUUGGUAGCCACAACUGUCAUACCCCAUCCCGAAAGAAAAGAACUGCCUUGAACAAGAUGAAUUAAAAAUUCUGAUUGAGGGCUUCCCUGGUGGCGCAGUGGUUGAGAGUCCGCCUGCCGAUGCAGGGGACAUGGGAUCGUGCCCCGGUCUGGGAGGAUCCCACAUGCCGCGGAGCGGCUGGGCCCGUGAGCCAUGGCCGCUGAGCCUGCGCGUCCAGAGCCUGUGCUCCGCAACGGGAGAGGCCACAACAGUGAGGGGCCCGCGUACCGCAAAAAAAAAAAAAAAAAAAAAAAAAAAAAAAAAAAAAAUUCUGAUUGAUUCUGAAUCUAACUUAAUAACAUCAUAAUUUCAUAAAACUAUGGUCUAUUUAGAUGGAACUUUGUGUAUGGGUUUGGAGGUAUGUGUGUAUGGCAUGUGUUCUUGAAAUGAUAUUUCUUUGAAUAUCCAAAAAUACUAUACAUAGAAAUAGAAAUGUUCUUUGAAACAAGUCUAUUAACUGACCGUGAUCAUUCUAGCAUAUGUGUGCUCAGUGGGCUGGCCUUGGUCCUCAGGGACAGUGUGUGACUCCAGUGGUCUACCUACCUAGUCUCUUGCCUAGGGGCAUCUGGGUCCUCUACUGGUUUUAGUGACAGGUAAUGUUACGUUGGGGUUAUGCUUCCUUUGUUACAUGUUGAUUUCCCUACUAAAUGUAGCAUUUCAAUUAGAUCCAACCUCUUACAUUUUGAGGUAAUUGUAAAAAGAAUGAAAUUAUGCAGAAAUGGCCAAUAUCUUUUAUUGAUCUGUUCUUUUGGAAAUUGUCAUGCACUAUAAAUUGUGUACAGUUAAAAAAUAUAUAUAUAUAUACACAUAUAUUCUUACAUGAGUAAAAAGCACCCUCUCCAGCAAUUGUAUGUAAUUGGUAUUUGAAGAGAAUUCCCAAAUAACUCAUUGCUGCUGCUGCUGCUGUUUUUAGUUUGUGUGGGUUUUUUGUUUUGUUUUUGUGUGGAAAAUUGAUAUUUAAAAAAAAAAAAAGGAAAGGAGAAAAAACACGACUACUGUUUACAGACUGAAAAAUUACUGCUUUUUAUACUACUGAGAUCCUAAGACUCUCCAAAGCAAACAUUUGGUUUAAAUCAUUUAUCUGAUGUGGAUAAAAGGUAGAGAACUUUUUAGUGUUCUCCACAUAAUGGAAAAUGUACAAAUGCCUAGCUGUGUUGCCCAUCAAUUUUGUAUAUUUUCAUAAUUUUAAUUGUUCAAAAUUGCAUUAUAUUUUGCAAUCACUAUGUUCAAUCUGGAUUUGUCUUUCAUUCUAACUUUUAAUAUAAAAAG